AUGAUGUUGCCGGUUGCCACAAGCUCCCUUAGGACAGUGCCCCACCUUUCGGUAGCUGCCCCUCUUUUUGGCGCUUUCCGCAACCAGUCUCUUCGCAUGGUCUCCACUAAACAAAUUGGUGGAGGCAACGUUUCUGCUAAGGACUUGACCCCAAAAAAGUUGGAUACUGACUUCACUCUCAUGUCCCAGAAAACUGCAUCUUCUCCUGUCGACUACGCUUUGACGUCUCUCGACGCCAUUGCCAUGUGGGCAAGAAAGUCGUCCUUUUGGCCAGUCACUUUCGGGUUGGCCUGCUGUGCGGUAGAGAUGAUGCAUGUGUCUACUCCUAGAUACGAUCAGGAUAGAUUGGGUAUCAUUUUCCGUGCUUCUCCUCGUCAAUCCGAUAUUAUGAUUGUCGCAGGUACUGUGACAAACAAGAUGGCUCCAGCAUUGAGACAAGUGUAUGACCAGAUGUCUGACCCUAGAUGGGUGAUUUCUAUGGGCUCGUGCGCCAAUGGUGGUGGUUACUACCACUACUCUUACUCUGUUGUGAGAGGUUGUGACCGUCUUAUUCCAGUGGACAUUUACGUGCCUGGAUGCCCUCCAACUGCUGAAGCGUUGAUGUACGGUGUGUUCCAAUUACAGAAGAAGAUGAUGAAGACAAGAAUCACGCGUAUGUGGUACAGAAACUAA